GAGACUGCGUACGUGUGUGUGUUGCAACUUUAUCGACAGUCCUGUCUCUCGCGGCUCCCAGCUUGUAUUUGAGGUGGGUUGCCAUAAUCUUCCUUUAAAUAAACUGCUCGCCUUUCCGAGGCCGCACAAUUCCACCUCCAACAGUCGCUUUUCCUUGACGGUUUCUCGGCCGUGCUGGCUCAGGAACCCGGAAGGGUGUGGACUGGGCAAGGAACAGCUGUAACGGCGGCGUCAUUUUCACGGUCAGAUAGUUGCAGCUCAGUUUGAAACUCAGGAAGUGAGGUUGGGUCUCUCACAUCCUCUAUCUGGAAGCCCAAGGAGGAAUAAAAUACGCUUUCGAUCUGACUGUCACCGAAGGGUUGCGAGCCUAACGAGUACGGAGCCGACACGGUGGGAAAGCCGCGGAGAACUACCCAGGCGAGAAGGGAGAAAGCCCGACGCCGGAUCGGGGAUCCGAACCGAUCGACUCAAUGUUCCUGUGAUAAGUUCGUCAAUUUCCGGUCCUCUCUCGGGAUUUGCGAAUCCAGAACAUUGUUUCACGUGCUUUAUCGAAUGAGUCCGUGGUCGCUCGAAGCUUGCAGUGUGUACAAGCGAAGGAAAGCCCCAUCUGCACUGCGUAACUCCAUAAAUGAAGUGUGGUUUGCAGUGAAGAUUCAUCAUCUUCUGGUUUAAAAUCGCUAUCGAAACAAACGCCACCAGUUCAGAUGAAGGGUGUGGAGCUGAACUGUCGACUGUCUAUUUCUCUCUACGUGUGUUGUCUGACUCACCAAGAACAUCCAUCUUUAACUUCACGUGAUUGGACAUUGAGGAGCCUAGAGUGAUGGCCAUGCACCCACGCAGGAUUCGGUUAAAACCAUGGCUCCUGGCACAGGUUGACAGCGGCCAUUACCCUGGGCUCCAGUGGUUAGAUGAGCAGCGGAAGCAUUUUCAGAUCCCGUGGCGGCAUGCCACCAGGCACAUCCCUACCCAGGAUGAUGACAACACCAUUUUCCGGGCUUGGGCAGUGGAGACAGGCAGAUAUCAGCAGGGGAUUGACGGCCCGGAUCCUGCUAAGUGGAAAGCAAAUCUCCGCUGUGCACUCAACAAGAGCCGGGAGUUCAAACUGAUCUAUGACGGAACCAAGGAGACCCCAAUGCAGCCAUACAAGAUCUACCAAGUGUGUGACAUUCAGCAGUCUAAUGGAGAAAACAACACUCCAGAGGCCAAUGACUAUGAGUGGGACGACGAGGAUGAGCGUCAACUCCAAACUUUGUUCCCAUCAAUGACCUUGGAAGAUAAUGCCAGCCUACCACCGUAUCCAACCCAGUCCUGGCCGAAACAGGAGGUUGCAGCGUCAGAUUCCCGUGUGAAUGGAGGACUUGCUCACCCAACGCUCCCACAAGGGGACCUCUCCCACGCAAACCUCGAUCAGAGUGAACUCACACAGCCAAACCUUGUCCAUGGGCUUGUUCAGCCAAAUAUCCCUCCAGCAGCUCAAGGGUCAAUUCAUCCACUCCCAUUGCAGCAAGUGGAUCAGUUCCCAUCACUGAUCACUUCUGAAAUGUUUAUCAACUCUCUGCCAUUGACGGACCUGGAUGUGAAAUUCCAGUACCGAGGGAAACAGAUGGGAUCAUUGAUCACUGUCAGCAAUCCUCAUGGCUGCCGCCUGUACUACGGUGACCUAGGCCCUAUCCCAGACCAAGUGGAGCUCUUUGGACCCGUUACCCUAGAGCAGGUCCGUUUCCCCGGCACAGACCAGUUGUCUCAUGAGAAGCAGCGGUAUUACACUAACCACCUGUUGGAUGUCAUGGACCGGGGUCUGAUUCUGGAGAUCCAUGGACAAGAUAUCUAUGCCAUUCGUCUAUGCCAGUGUAAAGUGUACUGGUCAGGACCAUGUGCUAAUGGAGCAUCAGGACCUAACCCCAUUGAGAGAGAGAAGAAGAUCAAGCUUUUCAGUUUGGAGAACUUUCUUAGUGAAUUGAUAAUGUACCAGAAGGGGCAAGUGAGUGUUGCCCCUCUGUAUGAGAUCCAACUCUGCUUUGGUGAGGAGUGGCCCGAUGGAAAGCCCAAGGAAAAGAAGCUGAUUAUGGUGCAGGUGAUUCCAGUUGUGGCACGGAUGAUGUUUGAGAUGUUUUCUGGAGAGCUGUCAUUUGAUAGCGGGAGCAUCCGUCUCCAGAUUUCCAACCCAGACCUUAAGGACAAUGUGGUAUUUCAGUUUAAGGAACUCCACCGGUUGCUGCAGCAGUCCCAGCAGGGCCAGGGGCAGUGGUUAAUGCAACCUGCUAACCCACAGUGAAUCAGAACAUCCACAUGAAGAGGAAACAAGCCCUCCAGAAUACUGCCAAGCUUCUUGGAUCAUGGAUUUAAACCUGCUGCUAACAUCUUUCAAUAGGAAAGUUUCAAGAGUUUAAAUGCAGACAGACUAAGGCAACCACCAGAACAUUACACACCUAGUAUUGAAACUGGCAAAACGCGCAGUUUGAAAGAGAACUCACUCCUCAGCAUGGAUUUGUCUUUCCAUUACCACCUCUGAAAGUCAAAGGGCUGCUUCAGUCCACUUCUGUCAGAUUGCAACACCGUGGAGGGGACAACAAAUGCUCACAGACAACGGCAACAUUUUCUUUAUUAAGAGGAAAGUGUCUGUAUCUAGUUUCAAAGCCCAAAAUUGUGUUGCAGUGUGAGAUCUCAUGCUGUACAAAUAGCCAUGUGUAAGCUUUGAGUAUGAUGAGUGUGUUUCAUAUCACAGAGCACAAAGUGGACACACCAUGACACUCCUUUUGUAAUUAGUCUUCUUGCUGAUCGCUACCAUUCUGUUUGAAAGCAACCAGAGCUACUAACGACAGCGUGUCCUCUAGCAUACCUACUCCAUGCACUUUUGAUUGGAAUGCUUCUGCAAUACAAGUCUUUUGUUUAA